CUGGACUUCCUCGGUGGAAUGGUUUCGGGCUCCCGUCAGUAUUCGAUUUAAAUUUGCCAGGGAUCUUAGACGUUCUCCACCCCCUCCGCCUGCGUUCCUGACUCACUGAUGGGGAGACUGAGGCCCAGAGAAGGUGGAAAAUUUCUGUGUUGGUCCACUAUCCACCAGAGAUGCAUCCAGACUUAUCUCCACACCUGCACACUGAGGAAUGUAACAUUUUAAUUAAUCUAUUAAAAGAAUGCCACAAAAAGCACAGUGUCCUGAAAUUUUUUGGUCACUGUAAUGAUCUUGAUCGUGAGAUGCGGAAAUGCCUGAAAAAGGAGUAUGGAGAAAGGAGGGCCAAGAACAGGGAAAUUGGAGAAGCUAAGCGACGGAAAUUUUCUAAUAUUUCAGAAGAGUCAGAGAACUGAGUUCUGCUUUUACUGGAUAUAUCUUGGCUGAUGAAUGAACAUCUGGACAUUUAGCUAGUAGCUGGAAGAAUGUCACCAUGUUUGAACUCAAUAGUUCUUAAACGAUGAACCCUUUUAUGAGCUGCAGAGAAUUUGGAAACUGAUAGUAUAAGACUCUUGUACUUGCAAGACUACAAGACUGAACCUUCCUUGCCAUCAGCAAAACAUCAACAUUUGAAUAAUGACUAUUUGUUUACUGCCUCCUAUAAGAAAAUCAUUAUUUUCCUUAUGCCUACUAACCUGGAGGCAUUGGGACAGGUGAAGGAAAGAUGUUACUAUCAGCCUUCCUUUCAUGGCAACAUAAAAAUAUUAAUACUUCAUUUCAGUAUCUGAAAGUGUCAGCGUUCCAUUCACAAGACCUCAGCCAUCUUCCACACUUCACAAAUUGUUAUGGCUGAAAAAAAUCUUUUAAAAAAGGUAGUGGAAUAAGUUAAAGCAUGGAGAGUCCUGGGAAUCUUUAGCUCAAGAUAAAAAUGUUCUGUCUUCUCAUCUAUAAUGGAAAGUGGUUUUUCUCAGUGAUUAAAAAUUUGUUAUACAAA